AUGGUUGGCUUGGUGUCUGCUGCUGGUCUCGUCGGCUUCCUGUCAGAGCCUGAUCCGGAGCUGAGAAGCUUUGCUCUCAAGCAGCUCGACAGCCAGGUUGAUCUGUUAUGGACCGAGCUCGCCGACUCCGUGGGCCAGAUCGAGGAACUGUACGAGGAUGAUUCCUUUCCGGAGCGCGAGCUCGCCGCUAUCGUCGCAUCCAAAGUGUAUUACCACCUGCAAGAAUAUAACGAGUCCAUGGCUUUUGCCCUCGGCGCCGGAAAGUACUUCAGACUGGACGACCCUGGUGAAUUUGAAGAUACCAUAAUCUCCAAGUGUGUAGACACCUUCAUCGCUCUGUCCGCCAGUCGAGAUCCGACCCUCGCGGCCGCCAACGCUGCCAGCCAGCCCCAACUUGACACGGCGUUCAGUCAAGGAGGAGACGGCGCCGCCAGCAUGUCCGCCAGCUUAACAUCCCCCGUCACGCCAUUCUCCCAGUCCGUCCUUCCGUCCAAGUCCCUCUUGUCCAGGCAGAACACGAUAACUUUCGAUCCCACUCAGGCCGGCGUCGAGCUCGGCGAGAUCGGCUCACCUGAGCGGAUUAUCCAAGAGCGCGGUCUUCAGAAACCUCUUACUCGUGUUAUCGAGUCUCUGUUCGAGAAAUGCUUCCGAGAAAAGAGAUACCGGCAGGUCGUGGGGAUUGCUUUGGAAGGACGCAACCUGGACAUUUUGCGGCGCGUAAUCAAACGAGCGGCUGAGGACGAGCGAAAAGAAAACGGCGAAGCCACCAAGAAGGGCGAAGAGCUUAUGGAAUACGUGCUGGAUAUUUGUAUGAGCGUGGUCCAAGAACGAGGCCUGCGGAAUGAGAUCCUCAAGGUCAUCUUGGAACUGCUCAACGAAAUUCCCUCACCCGACUACUUCGCCAUCGCAAAAUGUGUGGUCUACCUCGACCAGCACUCUAUGGCAUCCAACAUCCUGAGACAAUUGAUCGAAAAGGGCGACGCUCGCUCUCUCGCCGUGGCAUACCAGAUCUCCUUUGAUCUCUACGACAACAGCACACAGGAAUUCCUCCGAAAGGUCCGAGAAGAACUCGCCGAAAUGCUUCCCAAGGAAGAGCCAGCAGAGCCCCGAGAUGGUGACAAGAUGGAAACCGAUACGCAGGCCCGCACGGAAGAGCAGUUGCAACAAGAACUGCAAAGUUCUGCCGGUGCACCCGCUCCCCCUGAAGAGCCGAAGCUGUCGAAACCCGAGCAGCGAGAAGCAGUCAAGAACAUCCGAAAUAUCUUGGAUGGCCUCACAUCAAUACAUCUGAACAUCGAAUUCCUGCACAAAUCGAAUAGGGUCGAUCUGUCGAUACUGAAUAAAAUCAAAGAUAGCCUCGAAGCCCGCUAUUCCAUUUAUCACACCGCCGUCACUCUCUGUGCUGGAUUGAUGCAUGCCAAAACUGCAAACGACACCUUUUUCCGCAACAACUUGGAGUGGCUGGGCAAGGCCACCAACUGGUCAAAGUUUACCGCCACGGCAGUCUUUGGUGUUAUCCACCAAGGCAAUAUCAACCAAGCGUUUCGUUUGCUGAGCCCAUACCUGCCCAAGCCUCCUGGAAGCACCGCCGCUCACGAUUCCCCAUACAGCCAAGGUGGUUCGCUGUAUGCUUAUGGACUGUUAUGUGCCAAUCACAAAGGAGAUGCGGUCAACUUUAUCCGAGCGAAGUUCAAGGAGGCCUCUGAGGAGAUUGUGCAACAUGGUGGCGCUCUCGGUCUCGGUGUUGCAGGCAUGGCUUCCGGCGACGAAAGCAUCUUCGAGGAUCUGCGAAAUGUGUUGUGGGCCGAUUCUGCCAUCAAUGGCGAGGCUGUAGGUUUGGCCAUGGGCCUCGUCAUGCUGGGCUCGGGCAAUACCAAAGUCUUGUCAGAUAUGAUUCAGCACGCUCACGACACCCAACACGAGAAAAUUGUGCGAGGUCUCGCCGUCGGCAUGGCGUUGAUCAUGUACGGCCGGCAAGAAGGCGCCGAUGAGCUCAUUCAGGGCCUGCUCAACGACACCGAUCCGACCAUGAGAUACGGUGGCAUCUUGACCAUUGCCAUGGCCUACGUCGGCACAGGUAGCAACAAGGCUGUUCGAAAACUGCUCCAUGUGGCUGUCAGCGAUGUCAGCGACGAUGUUCGACGAAUCGCCGUCCUCAGCUUGGGCUUCAUUCUGUUCCGGAAGUACAGCAGUGUGCCUCGAAUGGUGGAGCUGCUCGCCGAGUCCUACAACCCUCACGUCCGGUACGGCGCUGCCAUGGCACUGGGUAUCUCGUGUGCAGGCACAGGUCUUGCGGAAGCUAUUGACUUGCUUGAGCCGAUGCUGAAGGAUCCAACUGACUUCGUACGACAGGGGGCCCUCAUCGCCCUCGCCAUGGUUUUGAUCCAGCAGAAUGACGCACUUAACCCCAAGGUUGGCAGCAUCCGCAAAGCGAUGCUCAAGAUUGUUGGCGACCGACAUGAGGACGCAAUGUGCAAGUUUGGCUGUGCGAUCGCCAUGGGCAUUCUCGAUGCCGGUGGGCGAAACUGCACCAUCAGCCUCCAAACUCAAACGGGUAACUUGAACAUGAUGGGAAUUGUUGGCGCCGUGGUCUUCACCCAGUAUUGGUACUGGUUUCCAUUGGCACAUUUCUUCUCGCUGUCGUUGACGCCAACUGCGGUCAUUGCCGUGGAUCAAAACUUGAAAGCUCCAGUCUUCAACUUUCACUGCAACACCAGACCCAGCCUCUUCGACUACCCUCCCGAACAACAAUCCAAAACUGAUGAGGCGCCUGAGAAGGUCAAAACGGCCGUGCUGAGUACCACAGCACAAGCCAAGAGACGAGCGGCGAGGAAGGAAAGACGACAACGAAGGGAUAGCAUGGAUGUCGAUACAGUGACGCCCGUAACGCCCAAGAUUGAGAAAGGGGACAAGAUGGAUACUGAUGAGGUUGGGGCGACUUCCGCCGUUAAGAAUGAGGCUGAAGGCAAAGAAAAAGACAAAUCCAAGGAAGACGCGGACAAAAAGGAGCCUGAGACUCAUGGUGAGGGGAAGAAGAAAGCAGAAAAGGAGAAGAUUGGCUAUGAUAUCGGCAACAUGUCCCGGGUGUUGCCCGCACAGUUGAAAUACCUGACCUUCCCGGAUCAGCGAUAUCAGCCUGUCAAGCGGCCCACCGGGGGUGUGAUGGUUGUGCUUGAUACCGAGCCGGAGAAGGACAAAGAAGUGAUUCUCUUGAAGGUCAGCCAAGUUGAACCUCCCAUCACGAGACAGCCAGGGCGUACUCUCGGUGAAGGGGUCCAGCUUCCCCAGACGCCAGCUGGCCAGAGGACGGGACAGGAGGCCGCAGCAGCGUCGAGUGUGGGUGCUGGUGCUGCGGCGGCGGCAGGUGUGUUGACAGCAAUCGAUGAGGAUGAAGAGGGUGUGGAGGAUGCACCUCUACCGGCGCCGUUUGACUAUGAGACUGAUUGGGAGGACGAACAAUAA